CUUCACUUAUAAAUCACAAACUAGUGUCACGCCUACCAAGGCCAAGCCACCAAUGAAAUUUUAAAAACCGGCCGUUAAUAAGCCAAACCCUUUCCCGGCAAAAUAGAAAUAAGAAACAACCGGACGUAAGGGCUAUCCAAAAAAUGUCUGAACUACGGUUAUCCUUCCUCUUCCUCCUCUUCAUAUCCAUACCCCUCAAAGUGAUUUAUGCACAAUACAUAAACACAGAACGAACUGUUCUUCUCAAGCUUAAACAACAACUGGGCAAUCCACCAGCCCUUGGAUCGUGGAACUCAUCAUCGUCACCGUGUGAUUGGCCGGAGAUCAACUGCACCGCCAAUUCGGUAACUGAAGUUCAUCUCGGUAACAAAAACAUCACGGUAAGGAUUCCUCCAACAAUAUGUGACCUUAAAAACCUCACUUUCCUUGACCUUUUCAACAAUUAUAUCCCUGGAGAAUUCCCAACACUCUACAAUUGUUCAAAGCUCCAAUUCUUAUACCUUUCUCAAAACUAUUUUGUCGGUCCAAUUCCUGACGAUAUUGACCGAUUAUCAACUCUGGUUUACUUGGAUAUUAGUGGCAAUAAUUUUUCUGGUAAUAUUCCACCAAGUAUUGGAAGAUUAUCGCAGUUGCAAACCUUAUACAUUUACCAAAACCAGUUCAAUGGGACGUUUCCUAAGGAAAUCGGUGACUUGCCCAAUCUUGAAUUUUUGCUCAUGGCUUAUAAUGGGUUUGUCCCCAUGAACAUACCUCCAGAGUUUGGUCAGAUAAGGAAGUUGCGGUACAUAUGGAUGACAAAAACCAAUUUGAUCGGUGAAAUCCCAGAAAGUUUCAACAACCUUUCCAGUCUAGAGCACGUGGACCUGUCUAGAAACAGUUUGGAAGGUCCUAUUCCUAGUAGGCUGUUUUCACUGAAGAAUCUAACCCUUGUGUAUCUCUUCGACAAUAAGCUGUCCGGUGAGAUACCCAAAGCUGUCGACGCGUUGAAUUUGGUAGAAAUUGAUCUUUCGGUGAACAAUUUGACUGGCUCCAUUCCAGAGGACUUCGGGAAGUUACAAUAUUUGGAAUUCUUAAACCUGUUCUCAAACCAGUUAACAGGAGAGUUGCCAGCAAGCAUUGGCCUACUUCCUGCCCUGAGAGAUUUUCGCGUUUUUCACAACAAGUUGACUGGAGUCUUGCCACCAGAAUUCGGCCUUCAUUCAAAGCUCGAAGGGUUUGAGGUGUCACAGAAUCAAUUCAGUGGUCAACUGCCUGAAAAUUUAUGUGCUGGAGGUGCCCUACAAGGAGUGGUUGCACACACAAACAAUUUCAGUGGGCAAGUACCAAAGUCGCUAGGAAAUUGCCCUACUUUGCGCACUUUUCAACUUCACAACAACAAGUUCUCAGGUGAGAUUCCUCAAGGUUUAUGGAGAACUUUCAAUUUGUCGACCUUGAUGUUAAGCAACAAUUCUUUUUCGGGGAAACUACCAAGUGAAAUUGCAUGGAAUAUGUCAAGGGUGGAAAUUAGCGACAACGAGUUCUCCGGUGAAAUUCCUCCUGGAAUUGCAUCUUGGUCAAAUUUGGUUGUCUUUCAGGCUAGCAACAAUUUCUUAUCGGGCAAAAUUCCAAAGGAGAUAACAAAUCUUUCUCGCCUUAUUGCUCUGCUUCUCGACGGUAAUGAUUUUUCUGGUGAACUACCUUCUGAAAUAAUCUCAUGGAGAUCGUUAACUACAUUAGAUCUCUCCAAUAACAAGCUUUCUGGUGAAAUCCCUGCUGCGAUUGGGUCUUUACCUGACUUGCUUAACUUAGAUUUAUCAGAAAACCAAUUUUCUGGUGAAAUUCCUCCUGAAAUUGGCAACCUGAAGCUGACUUCACUCAACUUAUCAUCCAAUCAACUUGUUGGGGGGAUACCGAAUCAGCUAGAUAACCUUGCAUAUGAGAACAGUUUUCUGAACAAUACUGAUCUAUGUGCAGAUGAGCCAAUUCUAAAGCUUCCGGACUGCUAUUCCAAAUUCCAUGAGCCACAGAAGUUGUCCUCCAAAUAUCUUGCCAUGAUUAUAGCACUUGCCAUCCUUGUUUCCCUAGUUAUCCUUCUAUUGACCUUAUUCCUAGUUAGAGACUACAGCAGGAAAAAGGGUGUACAGUAUCUAGUAACAUGGAAACUGACAUCGUUCCAGAGAUUGAAUUUCACAGAGGGAAAUAUAUUAUCCAAUUUGACAGACAAUAAUCUCAUCGGAAGUGGUGGCUCGGGGAAGGUUUAUCGAAUCUUCAUUAACCUUUCAGGCGAAUCUGUUGCCGUGAAGAAAAUUUGGAAUACUAAGAAACUGGAUCACAAGCUUGAGAAAGAGUUCUUAGCCGAAGUUGAAAUACUGGGCAACAUUCGCCAUUCCAACAUAGUUAAGUUACUGUGUUGCAUUUCCAGUGAAGAAUCAAAGCUUCUGGUAUACGAGUACAUGGAGAAACAGAGCCUUGAUAGAUGGCUUCAUGGGAAUAAGAGAAGGUCAAUGUCAGGGAUGAGUUCAGCUUACCAUGCUGUCUUGGAUUGGCCAAAAAGGUUGCAAAUUGCUGUUGGAGCUGCUCAGGGGCUAUGCUACAUGCACCAUGAAUGCCCUACACCAAUCAUCCAUCGAGAUGUGAAGUCUAGCAAUAUUUUGUUGGACUCUGAAUACAAGGCGAAAAUUGCAGAUUUUGGACUUGCAAAGAUGCUAACUAGGCAUGCAAGUUCUCACACAAUGUCUGCAGUUGCAGGGUCUUUUGGUUACCUCGCCCCAGAGUACGCAUAUACAACAAAGGUCAAUGCAAAGGUUGAUGUUUAUAGCUUUGGAGUAGUACUCCUGGAAUUGGUGACAGGAAGAGAAGCCAAUAGCGCGGAUGAGGAUAUGAACCUAGUAGAAUGGGUGUGGCAGCAGUUCUCAGAGGAUAAGCCCAUGGAUGAAAUACUUGAUCCAGAGGUAAAAGAACCAUCCUACUUGGAAGAAAUGAUAAUGGUAUUCAAGGUAGGAAUAGUCUGUACACAUGUAUCGCCCUCUAGCAGGCCUUCCAUGAAGGAAGUUUUGCAUGUCCUUCGUAGCUGUUGCCAGGAGGAUGGUUAUGGAGCCAAAAAGUGGGGAUCAACUUUGACAUAGCUCCACUUCUUGGCAGUGCCUCUGCCACUUAUCUUUCCAGUUAGAAGCGCAGUAGGAAGGGAUCAGAGGAAGAUGACAGCAUAAUUUACAUUGCAUGAUUUACCGAGGCAGUAUGGUGACUCCGGGGAGCAAAAGACUCAGUACAAGUACAACCAUAUCGACAGGAUUCCCAAGAGAGGGAAGAAAGCUUGGCUUAUUAUUUCCACACUUUCGAAGAUUAACAUGGGAUCACCGUCUGCUAAAUAUAUGUAGGAAGUGAUAAAAGGCAACUCUUGUAGUUAACAGCACAUAAUUGGCACCAUAUAUUCUCUUUUUCCAAUCAAUCUUUCUUUCCAAACUCAGACCAUCCAGUAUCCAACUCAAAAUACUAGUAAUAAUGAUAAAGGUUUAGACAUCUUAAAUAAUUCUGCCAACAUUCUAGUUCAUAACUCAAAAGGCCAAAAAACGUGACAUUAGUUUAUCAUAUCAACGAGAAGGAAGAAAGAAAGGUAUCUCAUGUGCACAGGGAUUUUCCUAAUAGUGAUAGAGAGAGAUGAGCUACCUAAAAGGCAUUGAUGAACUGUAUUACAAGUGUACAAAGGAUUCCAUAAGGUUACAAAAAAAAAAAAAAAAACAUCUAAAUGAUGCAGCAACAGCCCUGUUUGACUUUCAAUUCUCGAUGAAGUAUGAUUCAUUCAUAGAUCGAGGCAAGAAGCAUGCCACGACACUCAAAAGUGGCAAAAAAAGAUACAGCAGUCUUAAAAGCACCAGCACUCAGCACACCUAAAAGUAUAAGCCAAAGAACGCAGCUCUACGCCACAUGCGCAAGUCCGGUCACACUCGGUAUACCUGUAAAACAUAACUAGCAGCAUUUUUUGUCGCGGGUAUAAAUUUUUUAUUU